GUUCAGUAGAUCUACACAAUCAGCUGACAUGUGUGGUGCCAUGAGACUGGUUCAAAAGAAGGACCGACCGGGUGGUGUUUAUAUUUACUCAGGUUAUUCAACCACGUAGGAUCACCUCCAUAAAGAACCGACUCCCAGCAGCGUAAGCAGAGACAAACGGUACCAUGCCUUCCAGGUAUGAGAACACGAUGCGGCGGAACCGAGGCGGUCCGUACAAGACUGCCCCUGCCACGGACUUGACAAGAUGGCGUCUAACAAAUGUGGUGGGCCGACAAACAUGGGAUUACAUUGAAGAUGGAGAAGUGCCAGAGCGAGAACAGACGCUUCUUGAGAAACACUCUCUUGGACUGGACACGACUGACUUGGCUCCGUCCCUCCCCAAGGCUAAGUCUGCGAAACAGUCGGCAUACAAUGGGGUCAAGUUCUACUCGGCAAUACAGGCGGAAGAUGGUCACUGGGCGGGGGAUUAUGGGGGACCCCUCUUCCUCAUGCCAGGUUUAGUGAUCACCUGCUACAUCACCAACACGCCGUUCACGGAGCAGCAGCGGCUGGAGAUGAUCCGCUACCUGCGGUCUGUCCUGUGUCCUGAUGGCGGAUGGGGACUCCACAUCGAGGGUCCUCCAACAGUGUUUGGCUGUGCUCUAAACUACACCGUGAUGCGUCUGCUGGGCGUUCCCCCGGAUGACCCCGACCUGGUCACUGCCAGGAAUCUACUCCACAAACUUGGUGGGGCUGCUGCUAUUCCGUCCUGGGGCAAAUGCUGGUUGGCAGUCCUCAAUGUCUAUAGCUGGGAUGGACUUCAUUCUCUGUUCCCUGAAAUGUGGCUGCUGCCAAAUUGGAUCCCUGUCCAUCCAUCCAAGCUGUGGUGCCACUGUAGGCAAGUGUACCUGCCCAUGGCAUACUUCUACGGAGAGAAGAUCAAGGCCAAGGAGACUGACCUCAUUCUGGCUCUGAGAAAGGAGCUGUAUCCAUGUGACUUCAGCACUAUAGACUGGCCGGCCCAGAGAAACAAUAUCAGCAAGGCUGACCUGUACACCCCACAUAGUUGGCUUUUAGACACAGCCUUCGUUUUCCUGGACUGGUAUGAAGUCUUCCACAGCUCUUCUCUAAGAGAGAAGGCCCUUAACAUGUGUUAUGAACACAUAUGUGCAGACGACAGUUUCACAAAGGGUAUCAGCAUUGGUCCAGUAUCCAAGGUGAUGCAGAUGCUGGUGCGAUGGUACAAGGAGGGUCCCAACUGUGAGGCCUUCAUCCAGCAUCAACAGAGGGUCAAGGACUAUCUGUGGUUGGGUCUGGACGGGAUGAAGAUGAAUGGAACCAAUGGCUCACAGCUCUGGGAUGCUAGUUUUGCUGUUCAAGCCAUCCUGGAGAUGGGGGCGGCAGACAUGAAGGAGUUCCAUCCGUGUCUCAAGAACGUCCAUGAUUUCCUGCGAGAGACGCAGAUCCCAGACAAUCCCCCUGACUACAGAAAGUACUACCGUCAAACGAACAAGGGAGGGUUUCCAUUCAGUACUUUAGACUGUGGCUGGAUUGUGUCGGACUGCACAGCAGAGGGCCUGAAGAGUGUCAUGUACCUCCAGGAACAGUGCAGCAUCCUGGGUAAACAUGUUCCCAAAGAGAGGCUGUACCAGGCUGUGGAUGUGUUACUGGACAUGCGGAACAGUGAUGGCGGCUUUGCUUCCUAUGAGACAAAGCGUGGUGGUACUCUCCUGGAGCUCCUCAACCCAUCGGAAGUGUUCGGAGACAUCAUGAUCGACUACACGUAUGUUGAAUGUACGUCUGCUGUGAUGCAAGCUGUCAAACACUUCACUGAAAAACAUCCUGAAUAUCGGGCAGACGAAAUCCAGUUUGUGUUGGAUGAUGGUCUGAGCUAUGUUCGCAACAAACAGAGGCCUGAUGGUUCAUGGGAAGGAUCAUGGGGUGUCUGUUUCACAUAUGGGGGAUGGUUCGGCUUGGAGGCAUUUGCUUGCAUGGGAUUCCGUUAUGACAAAAACAAUGUGCCACAAGAGGUGAGGAGAGCAUGUGAAUUUUUUGUAAAGAAGCAGAAUGCUGAUGGAGGAUGGGGCGAGGACUUUGAAUCAUGCGAGGAGCAGCAGUAUGUUGCCAGCAAGGAGUCCCAGGUUGUCAACACCUGCUGGGUUCUGCUGGGCCUCAUGGCAGUCAGAUACCCAGGUGUGGACGUGAUAGAAAGGGGUGUGCGACUACUGAUGGACAGACAACAUGACAACGGAGACUGGCCACAGGAGAACAUCGCGGGUGUGUUCAACAAAUCCUGCGCCAUUAGCUACACCAGCUACAGGAACAUCUUCCCCAUCUGGACACUUGGGAGAUUCAGCAUCCUGUAUCCUGACAGUCAUCUUGCCAACACUUGAAACAUGUCACUUGAUCUGUUCAGAGGCCAACAAUUCAUGUGAUGAGAACAGAAGGCUCAGUUCUGUAAUCUUGUACGUCUUCAAACUGUUCUUAGUAUUACCAAACAAUUCAACUAAUAAAGGAAUAUGGCGAGUGUAAUUGAUAGGGGUCACUAUUGAGGGGGAAACAACUAUUGCAAUAGUCUAUUGCGACCAACUAUUGCAAUACUAUUUCAAUAGUGUUUUUCUUCUUGAAAUGUCUCAUUUGAAGUCAUUUCCCAAAAUAAAUGUACAGUUUAUAUGGAAUAAAAACAAGGUUAAGUAG